AUGCACCUCUUCUCAAUUCUUUCUUCAGCCGGUCUAGCUUCUAGAGUAUUGAGUAAAUUACUUUUUGAUUGGUCGCAAGUAAAACUAGAAAAGAUGGCUCGAGGUCAGCAAAAAUUACAAUCACAAGCAAAAGCUGCAGAAAAACAGUCAAAGCUAAAAAAACAGCAAGGGCAUAGUGCUACAGACCAGAAAAAAGCUGCUCAAAAAGCUCUUGUACAUGUCUGUGUCAUCUGUAAGGCCCAGAUGCCAGAUCCAAAGACUUAUAAGCAACAUUUUGAAAAUAAACAUCCUAAAAAUGAGCUACCUGAAGACUUGAAAGCUAUU